UCCUCCUUCCUCCUGCCUCCUGCCUCCUCUCUUCUUCUUCUUCUCUCUCAAGCCGGCUUCUCAUUAACUCUCUCUCCUCUCCUCUUUCUCUAUUUAAACAUUCUAUUUACUACCUUAAAAAAAGGGGAAAAACUCUCAUUUAAUCGUUCAUAACUCUUUCUUAUCAGCCCUUUUUCCAUUGGACGACUCUCGCUCUCUCUCUCUCUCUCUCUCUCUCAUUGAAGCCCUUCUUCUUCUUCUUCUUCUUCUUCUUCUUCUUGUGAUCGCUAUAUAUAUUAGUCCAGACCAAGUUUCCUUUCCGUUCGGAAGCUUUGAUGGCGAAAACCUCACUGCCCCGGCAGGGCCAGGAAGAAGCUUCGGACCCCAAGAAGGACGGCGGCGGGGCCAAGAGCGCGGCCGCCAAGGCGAAGGCCAAGCGCACCCGCAAGAGCGUCCCCCGGGACGCGCCGCAGCAGCGUAGCUCCAUCUACCGCGGCGUCACCAGGCAUCGGUGGACGGGUCGAUACGAAGCUCAUCUGUGGGACAAGCACUGCUGGAACGAGUCGCAGAACAAGAAAGGAAGGCAAGUGUAUCUAGGGGCAUAUGACGAUGAAGAAGCCGCAGCACAUGCGUAUGACCUGGCUGCAUUGAAGUACUGGGGACCAGAAACCGUCCUCAAUUUUACUUUGUCGGCAUACGAAGAAGAGCUGAAGGAAAUGGAAGGCCAAUCGAAGGAAGAAUACAUUGGAUCCUUGAGAAGAAAGAGCAGCGGGUUUUCCCGUGGAGUCUCGAAGUACAGAGGAGUCGCAAGGCACCAUCACAAUGGCAGAUGGGAGGCUCGAAUUGGGAGAGUGUUUGGCAACAAGUAUCUGUAUCUUGGGACUUAUGCUACUCAAGAAGAAGCGGCCGAGGCAUACGACAUGGCGGCCAUUGAGUACCGGGGGCUCAACGCCGUCACCAACUUUGACCUCAGCCGUUACAUCAAGUGGCCCCAGCCGGGCGCCCCGGACAGCUCCGCCGCUGAACUUAGCAACUCCCAACAGAGCCCCACUGCGGGCGGUGGCGGUGCAGCCGCGGCUGUGGCAGAAGUGCCGGCAGCCCACGACCCGCAGGGGGGCGGCUCUGCCUCCUCGGCGCUGAGCCUCCUGCUGCAGUCGUCCAAGUUCAAGGAGAUGCUCGAGCGGACGAGCUCGGCCGAGGACCAAGGAGCCGGGUCGACCACGUCCUCGGAGUCCGAGGCGCCCCGCCGGAGCUUCCCCGACGACAUACAGACCUACUUUGACUGCCACGAUGUGAGCGGCGGGCUCGACGACGAUGGCAUCUUCGGGGAUCUGAACUCGUUCGGUUCCCCGAUUUUCCACUGCGAGCUCGAUCUAUCUAGCUAAGGCAGAGCAGUCGUUAAAAGAAGAUCGAUUAGGGUUCAAGAGAAACUUUCGGCAACGUCAUUCCAAGAAACGAUGAAAGCUCAGCCUCGCAAGCAUGCACGCGAGCGUGGCCAUAUGUGAAUAUGGAGAGGUGAGGAUAGCGACGGGAAGGCGGGAAGGAAGAUGACGACGAGAAUCGAUCAGAGUAAAGAGACAAUCGAGAUUCUUUUUUCUUUAAAUUAUUACCGUCUCUGCUUAAUUUUUUUCUUUAAAUUACAUGUAAAUGAUGGGGAUAUUCUUUCGCUGAGGAUUUAUUUUACGUUUUCAUAUCUAUUCGGGUCGUCCCACA